GUCGUGUCGUGCGGAAUAAAAGGGCGCUGACCAGAGGCAAUCAUCUAUCUCCCAGAGUUGAGACUGUUGGGUCCCCAAUUCCCCACACCUAAUCUUGCGAGCAAACGCAUCACUGUCAGCAUGCCCAGCAAUAUCAAAGCAGAUUUCGAGGUCAUCAUCUCCUCAGCUCUCCCAGGCGACCCCUACGUCGGCAUUUCCUUGCUCCUACCUACUAUCCUACCAGUCAACUUGAUUGAAAGGGCUCCCGGUGUCCGGCCCCCAGUGUUCGUCUUCCGGCGAGUCGAAGGUGAUAUAUACACACUCAGCAUCAACGGAAUGCAAGUCAUCGAGCUGGAAAGGAGGUUGUUUGCGGCGCUGGAGAGACCCGCUCAAGAGUGGGUGAUUAAAUACAGACAAUUUCACGAUGCCUAUACGAUCACCAAGAGACUUGAUAGCCGGGAAGAAAUUGGAUGGAUCGCUCCGGUCAAAGGCGAAAGCAAGCAGAUCCACAUCGGUCCCCUCGGGCAGAUCGAUACAGCCCCACCUGGUUACCCUCCCCGGGAGCUAUUCAACUUCCAAUUUCUUGACCAUGAGUUGUGAACGGGGAAACGGCAAGUGAAUGAUUAGCAUGCUUUUUCAGUGUAAGAAAGCAUCGAGUGUUGUGUAAAUUGUUGUCGAUGUCGAUGAUACUUCAAAG